CCACCUCUUUUGCAGAUCAUUAUCUGGGGCCGGACGGAGAAGUGCCUGAAGGAAUCUUGUGAGGAGAUCCGCAGCCUGGGAGUGGAGUGCCACUACUUUGUCUGUGACGUGGGGAAUAAGGAGGAGGUUUAUCGACAAGCUAAAGCCGUACGGGAGAAGGUGGGAGACGUCACUAUCCUGGUGAACAAUGCCGCAGUGGUCCAUGGGAAGACUCUCAUGGACAGUGACGAUGACGCUCUCCUCAAGUCCCAGCACAUCAACACGCUCGGCCAGUUCUGGACAACAAAGGCCUUCCUGCCACGGAUGCUGGAACUGCAACACGGACACAUAGUGUGCAUGAACUCUGUGCUGGCUCUGUCUGCCAUUCCUGGCGCCAUCGAUUACUGCACCUCCAAAUCCUCCUCCUUUGCCUUCAUGGAGAGCCUGACGCUGGGGCUCCUCGACUGCCCAGGGGUCAACGCCACCACUGUUCUCCCGUUCCACACCAGCACUGAAAUGUUCCACGGCAUGAAGACCAGGUUUCCAAAACUCUUCCCACCACUGAAGCCUGACACGGUGGCCCGUCGGACGGUGGAAGCAGUGCGGACCAAUCAAGCCCUCCUCCUGUUGCCGUGGACAAUGCACUUGCUUGUCAUCAUGAAAAGCAUCCUCCCCCACACAGCCUUGGAAGAGAUUUAUAGGUUUACCGGCAGCUAUGUGUGCAUGAACAGCUUCAAAGGACGGACAUAAGAGGCCGGUUGGUGCACAUCCAUGACUCUCUCCAAGCUGGAAGAUGAACUUCUCGCAAUGUGUGUGGCAGGCGAUGUUGGCAUUUUCCUGCCGGGCCUUGCAGAACGUAAAGCUUCAGACCGUCACUGGGACCAGGCGGCCCCCAGCCCCCCUCGUGACAGGGUGAACCGUGUACUCUGACGAGACACAACAGACAGACAAGAAAACUCGUGACUUGUUUCAUGUGAGAGUUAAGUGUCUUCAUUCUAAAUAUAACCUGGGAGCGUCCAAACCCCUUCACCGGCAAAACUGCGUGGCUUCUGCAUCUGCUCGUUGUGUCGACGAACCGCUGCUACGCUGAUGUGAUUCUUCACCGCCUGCCAAUGGCUUUUUGAGCGGUUCCACUUGCCGUUGCUCUGUCUGACAACGGGGAUUCCAGUGACAAUUUAUCCUUUUUUUUCAAAAAUCAUGCUGUAAAUUUUAAUAUUUAAACUCUUAAUUUGCACCUGGCCGUAAAUCUCUUCAAGUUUAGUGAAUGAAUAAAAUGGAAAAUAACAAACUGGA